AUGUAAAAAUAAAGCAGAUAAAAUACUCAGACAGCAUUUUAUUCUCCUUAACCUGGGAUUUCUUCACCCUAACCUGUAAGAUAGAUGAUAUCUCCUGGAAUUUAUGGACCUCGUAAUUCGUAAAAUUUUCUUAUUGAUUCAUAUACAACAAAGCAUCAAGAUUAGGAUUCAGAUAGACUAUUAUGUUCAUCUCUUAGAUUCAAUAUGUUGAAAGAUGGUCGUUAGUAAAUAGAAAAAGAAAUAUCAGUGCUUAAAUCAAAUUUACUUUAGAGUAGAAUGAGUGGUGAUAACUUUUAAUUCUCUUAGUAACCUUUAGAUAAGUUACUUAAACGAGCUGAUGACAAAAGUACUCGCAAAACUGAAUAAAUAAGGUAUGACCCACCUAUGACGUGUAGGACGGAUGAUUUGUUGACUGAAAUUCUCUAAGAGCUAUCAAUCAUAUCGAUUAAUGCCAAGAAAUUGUAGAUCUAAAAAUCCUCAUAAAUAUUAUAAGUGCAAGUAAUCAAAGAUAUUAGAGACAUUAUUAUUGAAUGGAAUAAUAUGCGUAAUAUAAUCAAUUAAAUUUGUUAAACUGCAUAAAUUCCUAUCAAUUAACUUUACAAUACAAAUAUUCCUUAAUUACUAAAGAAGGAUGAACUCAAUAAACUCUAUUCUUUAGUUGAAAAAUAUUAAAAUAUAUAUCCUCAAUCAUUUGAUUAGCUUUAUUAAAUUAUAGCAAUCAGUCUCUAAAGUAGAGAAUAAGAUCAUAAUAAACUUAUUGAAAUCAAUACUUAAUUACGUUAGUAAGAAAUCUAAAAUAAAGAUUUAAAUAUUAAAAAUAAAAACUUAUUUGCAGUUAUCACUAAACUAGAAGCUAAAGUAAAUAAAUUAGAAAAUAAAAAACAAUAAUUAGAAUUUUCUAAUAAAUAAUAUUCUAAUUAAUUAUUAAAUUCUCAUAGACCUUAAGAUAUUUAUUCAGAUAUUGAUAAAUUUAAAUAAAAAAAUCUAUUAGUUGAAUCAUAAUCUAGUCUUGAUUCCAAAAAUAAUUAAAAUAAAUUAUUAGAAAAUUAAUUGAAUUAAUUUUAAGAAGAUAUUGUUGAAAAAGAAACAGAAAUCAUGAGUUUAAAAUAAUAAAUAGAAGAACUUAAUGAAAUUAUUUAGAAUCAUUUAAAAAAAACUAAAUAAUUAGAAAAUGAAAAUAAAUUACUAAAACUCUAAAUAUCUAAAGUUAUGGAAAGCGAAAAAAAAUGUAACAAUAUUCUAAUUAAGUAGUGUAGAAAUAAAAAAUUGAAGUGAAUUCUGAGUAUUAAAAUUAUAAAGAUGAUUCAAGUUAAAAGUUAAAAUCAUUAAGUUAAGAAAUAGUGGAUCUAAAGUAAAAUUAGAAUAAGUAUUUACAAUUACCUAUCAUUAAACUAGACACAAUUCUCUUGAUCAUUCCUCUGAAGUUGAACAACUUAAUUAAUAGAUUUCUAAACUAAAGUCUGAAAAAGAAGAAAAAGAAAGAGAAAAUGGUUAAACUCAAUAAAAACUACAAGAAAUUAAAUAAAAAUAUAAUGAUUUAAAGUAAUCAUAUUAAGAGUUAUCUGAUUAAUAUUAACGGGAUUAAUAAAUGAAUAAAUAAAUAGUUUAGUCAUUACAAACUUAAAAAGAGGAUUUUGAGAAUAGAAAUUCAGAAUAAUAAAGUCUCUUUUAAUUAGAUUUGGUAUCUUAAUAAGAAAUAGAAACUUAAUAGUAAUUAAUUAAGUAAUUGGAGAAUGAUUUAUAACAAGCUUAAAUGGCAUUUAAGUAAUAGGAAAUUAAAUUGUUAAAUUAUGAGGAUGAAAUAAAUAGUCUAAAGAAUAAUAUCAAAAGACUCCAUUAAGAACAUGCUGAAUAAUUACAUAUUUUAGAUAACACUAUAUAGAGUAAAGAUUAAAUUAUUUAAUAAUAUGAAAGUAAUAGUAGAAUAUUAAAUGAAACUCCAGAAUAAAUAAGAAGUAAAAGUUUAGAAUAAACAACAAUUUAAGGUCAUUUAAAAUCUUAGAUUGAUACUUUGAAUAAAAGUCUUUCAAAUUUUGAAUAAUAGAUAAGAGAUUUAACCAAAGUUAAUAAUGAAUAUUAGGAUUAAAUGAAUAUCAAAGAAAAAAUGAUCAAAAAUAAAAAUUAGGAAAUAAUUUAAUUGCAAUAAUAAGUUAAAGAAUUCUAGGGAUUAAACCAAAAAAUAUAAAUUUAAGAAAGAACAAUCCAUCAUCAUGAAAAGCAAAUUGCAACUCUCAAUCAAACAAUAUAAAAGUUAUAAGAAUCAUUAAAUUUUAAAGAUCAAAUAAUACUAGGAAAAUAGCAUGAAAUUGAAAUGUUGUAGAAUUAAAAAAAAGAUCAUAUUUAAUAAUAAAAAUAAUAAACUAUUUUAUUUGAAUAAUAACAUUAAAAAGCAAAGAUUGAACAUUAAGAAUUAUAAUAUAAGAUCAAAAAAUUAGAAGAUUAAAUUUUUACAAAAUAAAAAGAUGAAAUAACUUUGACUGAAUAAUAAGCAAUAUAUUAAAAUCAAAUAUAAUAAUUAGAGUAAUAAAUCAAAAAACUUAAAUAAGAUUUUGAAGAUGAAAAAAAAUAAUCAACAGAAAAAAUACAAAGAUUAAUUUUAGAAUUAGAAGAGGCUGAAAAAAUAUAAAAUUAAUUAAAUGAUAAAUAAAUCUAACUUGAAAAUACUUAAAGUAAAUUGAAUAUAAUGGAAAAUGAAUUAAUCUCUGCUUAAGAUUCAAUAUAAUAAUUGGAAUCUAGAAUUUAAGAUUUGUAAAAUGAUGUUAAAAUAGAAAGAUAAAAUUUUUUAAAAGAAAAUUAAUUAAAAAUUGAAGAAUUGAAUUCUCAACAUUAAGAAAAUGAAGAACUUGUUCUUUUAAAUUAAGAUCUAACAUAAAAAAAUAUUUAAUUAUCAGAUGAAAUUUAAAAUUAUUAAUCAGCCUUAAAUAAUGUCGAAUCAAAUUUGAAUUAAGAAAUUGAGACACUAAGAAAUAGUGAUAAUCAAAAUAAAUAAAUAAUUAAAAAACAUGAAAGGUAAAUUUAAGAAUUAACCUAAUAAAUAGAAUUAUUUAAUUAGUUAUAAAAUGAUGCAAAUUUGGAAAAAGCUAAGCUCUCAGAAAUGCUGAAUGAAUAAUUAAAUACAAUAACAGAUUUGAAUAAAUAAUUAGAAAUUACAAAUUUAAAAAAUGAUUAAUAAAUUGAAGAUACAAAGGCAUAGUAUAGUUCAGAAAUAGUUAUUAGAGAAGCUGAAUUAAUUAAUAAAGUUAUGAAGUAAUCUUAAGAAACAUAAAAAUUAUUAUCAUAGAUUGAAGUUUUCAUUGAAAUAUUAGAAAAAAAUAAAUCAAUUAUAGAAAAAUUAGAAAAAAAACUUGCAGAUUCAGAAUAGAAAUAUCAAACUUUUUUUGAAUAUUCUAAAAUUUAAGAAAGUUAAUAAUAAUAAUAAAUUAAGAGCUAAAUUGAAGAAUUGAAUUAAUUAGCAUAGCAGCAAGAAUUCAAAAUAACAAAUUUACAGAAUGAACUUAAUGAGAAGACUAUAGAACUUUAAACAUAAAUCUUGUAGAAUUAGAUUCAAGAAUAAGAUAUCAGUAAUUAUUAAAUGGAAAUUGAGAAUAUAUCAUAAUAAUUGAAAAGCUAGUAACAAUUAAAUUAAGAUUUAAAUUAAAAGUGUAAGAAUUUAGCCGAAGAUGUUUACAAUAAUCAAUAAUAAAUUUAAGAUUUAAAAAAUAUUAUAAAAGAUUUAGAGUAAAAUAAAUUAAUGAAAGAAUCUAAAAUUAAUGAAUUACAAUAGAUUCUAAAGUAAGAAUAAGAAAAAAGUUCCAAAUUAAUGGAUGAUAUUAAAUAAAAAUCAAAUUAAAUAGAUCAAUAAAUAAUUGAAAUUGAAUCAAUAAAAAAUGAUAAUAAUUAAUUAAAAGAUUUAAAACUUAAUUUAGAAUAGAAUUUAGAAGCUAGAGAAAUUAUUAUAGCAAAUAAUAUAGAUAUUAUAAAUGAUAUAGACAUAAAAAUUAAAAAUUAAAAUUAAGAAUUGAUUGAAAAGGAAAAUAAAUUACAAAAUCAAUUAAAGGAAACAGAGAAAUGUAAUAACAAGAUUUAGUAAUUGCAAUCAUAAAUUUAGAUUAUUGAGAAUUAAAUUUAAGAAAGAACUUAAUUUACUUAGUCAAUUUAAUAAGAAUUAAAUGUAUAAUAACAUUCAAACUAAGAACUAGACUAAAGUAAUAAGAAGUUGUAAUUAUAAAUAAAUCAAUAAACUCAAAAUUAUAAUUAAUUGAAUCAAAAGAAUUUAGAAUUAUAAGAAAAAAAUAAUUAAUUGAAAAAUGAGAUUUUGGAAUUGAAGAAAAAUAAUAAAGAGUUAGUUGAAAAUUAGGUUUAAAUUACAAAUAAAAUAGAGGCAGAUUAAGCUUAAAAUAGACUAAUAGCUACAUUACAAGAGUAAAUAAAUCAUUAAUAAGAAACAAUAUAAUUAUUAGAAAGUGAUUUAAAAGCUAAAUAAAAUCAAAUAACACUUUCUUUAUAAGAAAAUUAAGCUUAAGAAUAAAAAUUAUUAUAGUAAAAUAAUUAACUUGCUUAAGAUCAUGAUGAAUAAAUUGCAUAAUAGAAAAUGGAGUAUGAAAAACUUAAAUAAUAAAAUAAUUAGUUAUCCUUAUAAACAGAUUUCUAAUAAUAAGAUAUAAAGUAAUUAAAAUUAGAUUUGUAAUAAGAAAUUGAAAAUAAAUAAUAAAUAAAUAAUUAAAAACUUGAGGUUGAUAAUAAGCUUUUACUUUUGAAUUAAAAAUUAUCAUAAAAAGAAUAAUAAAAUUAAUAACUGGAUUAAUAAUUAAAAGAUGCAGAAGCCUUACUAGUAAAAGAGUAAAAAAGAUUAAAUUCUUAAAUAGAAAACUUAAAUUCAUAAAUAUCUGCUUUGAGAAAAUAAGUUGAUCAAUUAAAGGAAGUAUUAAUUUUAAAAGAUAAAGAUAUAACAGAGUAUAGUAAAAGAGAAAGUGAAGCUUUGAAAUUAUUUGCUUAAAGAGAUGUAGAAAUAUUAACAUUGUAAAAUGAAAUUGAAGCUUUAAAAGAUUAAGAGAAUAGUAUACAAAGUAAGAAAGAUAAUGAAACAAAUAAAUAAUCAUAUUAGAAGGAUACUGAAAUUUUAACUUUAAAAAGUGAGUUAGAUAUUAUGAAAAACUAAUAAAUCAUUAAAGAAAACUAAGUAAUUACAUAAAUAGAAGAAUUAAAUGCAGAAAUUUUAGAAUUAAAAAGUCAAUUAGAAAUUAGUAAGUAAUAAGGAGGUGAUGUUUAAAAAGCAUAAAAUGAAAACAAAAUUAAUGAGAUUAAUAAUUAGAAAGAUUCUGAAAUUGUUGCAUUAAAAAAAGAACUUGAAAUGUAAAUAGCUUAAAUAAAUAAAAUUUAAGCAACAUAAAAUUAAAGUUCUUCUAUUUUAAAUGAAUUAAAAGAAUUAUUUAAUUAAGAAAACAUACUUGACUAUUUAAAAUAAUUUAAAUCUUAACAUGAAAAGUAAUGUGAAAGAAAAUUUACUUAUUAUUAAUGCCUCUAAUCAUUAAUGGAUGAAUAUUUAAGAAAUUAACCAGCCUCUUUUUAUGCUUAGAAUUAUGUAUAAAUUAAUAAUAUAUAUAUAUAGCUUAAAUUAACUUAACAAGAGUAAAAUAAUUUAUUGAGUUAUCAAAAAGACAUUUAAUUGAUGAAGGCUAAAUUGCCAAUAAAAACAGCUUUGAGUAAUAUAAAAGAAGAAAAAAAUGAAGAUUUAAGUUUCCCAUCAAAUGGAAAUUAGUUAGAAAUUGAUGAAAAUGAUAUUAGUGGUUUUAUUGGAGACUUAGAGAUAUCUGCAAUUGUUAAUAAUGAUAAAAAUAAAAAAGAAGUAAAUAAUGAAUAUUAUUAUUAUGAAGAAUUCUGCUUUAAAUAAAUAAUAACUUUCACAUACAGAAGAAGUUAAUAUUUUGAAAUCAAAAUUGGAAGCAGCAAAUGAAGAAAAUGUGAAAAUAAUAGGAAAAUUUUAAAUUUUAUUAGAAAGAAUAGCUGCAAAAGAGGAAUAAAUGAUAUAAUUAAAUAAUUUGGCUAGAGAUGUAAAUAAAAGAAAUAUUUUGUAGUAUAAACAUAAAAUGAUGGCAAUGUAAAAGACAUCUGUUGAUCCUUAAGCUGUUCAUGCUAAGGCUCAUUUAAAAGAUUGUUUAAAAAAGUUUAUUACUGCUUGUGGACCAAAAACUUAAAAAUUUGAUUUAGCAGAAGCAAUAUUAAUAACAUUAUUUUAAUUUUUGGAAUUCUCAGAAAAAGAAAAGGAAGAAAUAUUAGAUGAAUUAGCAAUAAAACCAGCAGAUAAAAAAAAAGGUAUUGUUUAGAUAUUGUUUAAGAAAUGA